CCCAUACCUUGACCACAAACUCAACAUCCACCACCCAACACCACAACCACCAUCAUGCCCACAAAAACCAUCAUCAUAAUCGGCAUAACUGGCAAUCAAGGCCACUCCAUCGCGCAGCGCUUCCUUCGCGACCCAACCUACCAUAUCCGCGGCAUAACCCGGAACCCAUCAUCCCCGACAGCCCAAGCCCUCUACGCCCAAGGCAUUGAGCUCAUCCCCGCCGAUCUCGACGACCCCCAAACCCUCAUCCCCGCAUUCAAAGACGCAAACCUUAUCUUCAGCGUAACCAACUACUGGGAACCGUUCUUCCGGCCGGACGGUCGCCAAAAGGCCAUUGAAUUGGGCAUUUCAUGUCGGAGAUACGCAUACGAGGUGGAACUCCAACAGGGGAAGAAUAUUGCCGACGCGGCGGCAACGACCGUUGAUUCUCUCGACGAGAACGGGUUUAUUGUUUCAACGUUGAGUCAUGCGGGACGGUGUAGUGGGGGGAGAUUGACCGAGGUGUAUCAUUUUGAUGCUAAGGCGGAGGUGUUUCCGGAUUAUGUGAGGGAGAAGUAUCCCGAGUUGGCGGGGAAGAUGUCGUGUGUGCAGACGGGGUAUUUUGUGGGGAGUUAUCGGUUGGUUCCGGGGGCUUAUUUCGCGAAGAACGUCACGGAUGAAGGGAAAGUUGGGUAUGAGAUGACGUUCACGACGGCACCGGAUGCAGUGGUUCCUCAUUUGGAUGUUCAGGCUGAUAUGGGGAAUUUUGUGUAUGCGGUGGCGAAGAUGCCCCCCGGGAAGAGUUAUAUGGCGUGUGGGACGAGGUGUAGUUGGUCGGAGUAUAUGAGGUUGUGGGGGGAGGUCAAUGGGGUUCCUGCCCGAUAUCGACAGAUUACUUUAAAGGAGUUGAUGGAGAGGACUCCUGAUCGGGAGUUUGGACGGGAGGUGGGGGAUAUGUUUACUUAUUCGACGGAUCCGGGAUAUGAUGGUGGUGAUGAGGGGUUGUUGAUGGCGAGGGAUAUAGAGAAUGCUGGGGUUGAAUGUCCGAUGACGAGUUUGGAGGAGUGGAUGAAGAAGGAGGAUUGGUCGUCUGUUUUGGGGAAAUGAUGGGGUGGGGUAGUUGAUACUCAUGAUGCUAUUCGUGGAUGAUGUUACUAUAAGCUUUUUUAAGAGUUGGUGGUCGGUUUGGGGUGGUACUGGAUGUUGCCCGAUGUUUGAAGAACCCAGUGAGGUAUCUCAAUGGAGACACGGCGGGAGAAGGAAUUAGGGAAGGCAUUGAGUUAAACGUCAAGUAAAACGGUGAACAUUUUAUCUCUUCAACUAUGACAACCAAGCGAUCAAUUAUUC